CAUCUCUGAGCAGCAGUUUCCCGUCAGGUGGAUGGGAUGAUGGAGAGCUGGGUGCUCAGGUUAGCCACAGCCCUGAAGACCAACCUGAAAGACGUCCACGUGGUGAUCACUGACUGGUUGUCCCUGGCUCACCAGCACUACCCCACUGCUGCACAGAGCACCCGCACUGUGGGAAAGGACAUAGCUCACCUGCUGCACUCACUUCAGGAACAGUACCAGUACCCAGUGAGAAAAGCUCAUUUGAUUGGCUAUAGCCUUGGCGCUCACAUCUCUGGAUUUGCAGGAAGUUUUCUGGAAGGUCUGGACAAGAUUGGAAGAAUCACUGGUCUGGAUCCAGCAGGGCCACUAUUUGAAGGCAUGUCUCCCUCAGACAGACUCUCCCCAGAUGACGCUGAAUUUGUGGACGCCAUUCACACCUUCACCCAGGAACGUAUGGGCCUCAGUGUGGGCAUCAAACAAGCAGUGGCCUAUUAUGACUUUUACCCUAACGGAGGAGACUUCCAGCCAGGAUGCGACCUGCAAAGCGUUUACGAGCACAUAACCCAGUACGGGCUUAUGGACAACGAGCAGCAUGUCGAGUUGUCACAAGAUAAAGUGUUUGUGCGCUGCGCAGACGAGAAGCCAAGACAGCGCAGAAGAAAGCUCAACCAGUAG